GCUUGUAGGGAGAGCCUGGUCCACCAGGGCCUGUAGGACCACCAGGACCUCCUGGACACAUUGGCACAGCUGGAAUUCCAGGAAGCCCAGGCCCAGCAGGACCACCGGGAGUGGGAACAAAGGGUGAUCAAGGGCCGAUGGGAGAAAGAGGUCUUCCUGGCAUGGCAGGAUCCCCUGGUCCCCCUGGACCACCAGGGUUAAUGGGAGAGCCUGGUGGUGAUGGUCCAAUAGGAAAAGAGGGAUCAGCUGGUGUUCCUGGAAGUGUGGGGCCUCCAGGGGCAAAGGGUGAACCAGGAAGACCAGGAGCGAAGGGAUCCCGGGGUGAGAGAGGAAUGCCUGGCAUGUCCUUUGGAUCAGGCAAGAGUGGUGGAAUGGGACUACCUGGACCUCCUGGAACCCCCGGUGCUCGUGGAGAACGAGGGUUACCUGGACCGCCAGGACCUGCCGGUGCUGCUGGAAUUCCAGGAACACCUGGAUCUGCGGGAGAAGCUGUUAACUUUGAUGAGAUCAAGAGGUUAAUCAGACAGGAAGUUAUGAAAAUCUUUGACCAGAGAAUGACUUACUACAUGGCAAGCUUCCGUUCUUCGUCAGACGAUGCCAGCCCUGGAAGGCCAGGACCCCCCGGCAAAGUUGGACCCCCUGGGCAUCCAGGGCAGCCAGGACAGCCUGGAUUGCCAGGACAGACGGGUAGAGAUGGACGGCCAGGAUUACCAGGACCCAAAGGACCAAUUGGCCUAAAAGGAGAUAAAGGCGAUAAAGGUGUGGGUCACAUGGGAGAUCCUGGUUCACCUGGGCCACAGGGUCCACCUGGACUUCCAGGAUAUGGUAAAAUCGGCCCACCAGGUCCCACCGGCCAACAAGGAAUCCCAGGUGUCCCAGGGCCACCAGGUCUUCAAGGACCGACUGGAAAAGAUGGCCGUUGUUUGCCAUCGCAAUGUACCAUGCAGAUGUCAGAGCCUUACAAUGCCAAGAAUUCAAAAGGACCAUCUUCCUGGAUUAAUUAAUAAAGACAUACAUUUUUAUCACUUGUCUUGA